AUAUAAAGAGCCUCAACAGAGAGAGAAGUUAAAUCCGGUCUGUCCCAAAGACCAGCAUGCAUCUCUUUGCUCUAAUUCUUGGUAUUUGGCUUCUACCAAAAGGUGACACGCUAACAUGUUUUGAAUGCACACAAAACAAUUCUCGUUGCGAUGCAAUACAAAGGGACUGUCCUUCAGAGAAUCAUCAAUGUGGUGUAUCCAGAGUCAUUGUCUAUGAAGGUGGAUCAAAAGUCCGAGACCUAAACGUGAAGGGUUGUGUUCUGAAUGAAGAAUGUGGUGAAGGUUCAGGCAAUUCUGGAUAUUUCAACAUUUCGGUUAACACCCUAUGCUGCAACUCCAACCUCUGCAACACACAGUCUGUCCCUGAACCGAGCAAAAAAACUCCAAAUGGGAGACAGUGCUUCACCUGUGAUGCUCCAGCAUGCAACAAAACUUUGGACUGUGUGGGGAACGAAGACUACUGCGGUUUUGGAACAGUUGAUGUAGGAGCAACAUACACCAUAAAUGGAUGCAUCUCGAAGAAGUUGUGCUCUGCCUUAAACGGCUAUCUUUCUCAAAUUCUAAAAACACAGAUUACCUGUGCCAAGGGUAACUUCUGCAACAGUGCUGUCACUGCAAGUGCAGGCCUGCAGCUUGUAGUAGUGGCGUUGGUCUCUUUGACAUUGUUUUCUUAAGAGAAAAUUCAAACAGUGAAUUCUUUGGCACCUCUCUUUUUCAUACACAAAGUCUAUGAGGCCCUCACCCUUUUCUUCUUUCAACUAAUCCUUUGAAGAUUCAAAGUUUGGAAUCCAAAAUGAUUAUUUUUGAUAAACUGACAUGUUUUUUUGUUUGUUUCUCUUUUAUUUCACCUGUCAGUCACAAUUCUGAUUAAACUCUUCAAAACUGUGUGUGAAUUUAAAUAUUAAAUAAAGUUUCAUCUCAUCAAGAGGAAAACUAA